UCGGCGCUGCACUCGAAACCGAUAUGGUGCUGCGGCGCCUGCCUGCGUUUGCUGCGACGGCUGCAGGAGCGCUCUGCGGUACCAUCGCGAUGUGCGAGCAGGACCCCGGCCUCAGUCGCGCCCGCGUGACCGGCAGCUCUGAGGUCGGCGCGACCCGGUGGCUGCGGCUGACGACGCUCGACUACGAGGAUGCGCGAGGAAAACCUCGCAAGUGGGACAUGGCGCAGCGCACGACCAGGAAGGAGGGCGCCGAGGUCGACGGCGUCGCCAUCCUGGCGCUGCUGCGGCGGCGGGCGGCACCGCAGGAGGAGGUGGAGAUGCUCUUGGUGCGGCAGUUCCGCCCGCCGAUGGGCGCGGUCACGAUCGAGCUGCCCGCCGGGCUCGUCGACCCGGGCGAGAGCCCUGAGGCGGCCGCGCUGCGCGAGCUCAAGGAGGAGACGGGAUACACUGGCUCCUCCGCCUGCGUGUCUGGCCAGCUCGCGAUGAGCCCCGGUCUGACGGACGAGGCGGUUGCGCUGGUGGUGGUCGAGGUGGACCUCGACUCGCCGGCCAACCGCGUGCCAGAGCAGGCGCUCGACGAGUCCGAGUUCAUCCGCGUAAACCGCGUGCCGGUCAAGGCGCUGCUGCCCACGCUGCGCGAGCUCGAGCGGGACGGGUGUGUGCCCUUCACAGGCCUCUACACGCUCGCCGUCGGCCUCCAGCUGGGAGCAAGCGGCCUCGCCGACGCCAGCGCGGCGCUCUCCACGUGAAGGCGGGAGCGCGCGGCGGGCCCUCUCCUUCGAGGCGUGGUCGCGCCGCGGCGAGGCUGCCAUGGCGGCGAGUAAAGUCGUGCUCAUUUCUUUGCCAACCUAUUUGCCGCCGCGAAACACAAAACCUCCUC